AUGUCAACCGCUCGCGCAUCCAAGUCGAAAGCCGAGGCCGGGUGUGCAGCACUGCAAGAAACGCUGUGGGACCCGACAGACCAUACAGAGCUUGACUUCUUGCGAUACCUGGCGUACGAGAAGGCUAGGGACGAUGUCGGUCAGUAUUGGGUCCAAAGCGGAAAGGACACGGGCUGCAGAGCGAUAACAACGUCCGGCAAGAUCAGGACCGUACCGUGUGACACAAAAUUACCGGCCUUGUGUUCCCAGUCGGCGCCGUUGAGUUCGACAUCGAGUAAUAAUACUGAGCCAAGAUGGCAGACGCAUGUACGGACCGGGGAGGCGGCAGUCGUAGGAUACCGCGACAAGCUUUCUUUCCGCUUCUUGGGCCUGAAAUACGCAUCCUACCCGUCUCGAUUCACCUAUUCUGCCUACCAGGUGCCCCGUGGUAAUGUCUCAGCCCUUGCUUACGGCCCAGGUUGCAUCCAGAGCGGUUGCGGCACCUCGACCUGUAGCGAAGCAUGUCUUUACCUGAACAUAUGGACCCCACACCUUCCCUCCAAUGCUAAGUCGCCCAAGAAAGCGGUAAUGCUCUGGAUCCACGGUGGAGGUUUCACGAGCGGAUAUGGCUCGGACACCACGUUCGAUGGGGGGAACAUGGCGUCCAGAGGUGACGUUGUGGUUGUGACCAUCAACUACCGCCUCUCUACGCUGGGUUUCCUUACAACGAACAACGCCACCUCGGGCGGCAACUACUGGUUGUCGGACCAAGUAGCAGCGUUGGAUUGGGUGCAGAACCAUAUCGAAGAUUUCGGUGGCGACAAGGGGGAGGGUUCUCAUAUUCGGACAGAGUGCCGGUGGCGCUUCAGUGAGGGCAUUGCUUGCGUCGCCACGCGCGAAGGGUAA